CGAUACAGUCUGCCGCAUAUAUAUCACGACGUCCUCCAUGUACAAUACAGUCGACGUAGUCACUGCAUUUCAUAACACAUCAGGUACCGGGCCUUGCUGAAGACAAGAACAUACACAAUAUGAAUGAUAUAAGUUUCCUAUGCGUCUUUCUACUAACUCUCACGUUUAACAGAUUAUCUAGUGGACAACCUUUGUCAUCUGACCGUCGUCAGACAGUAGAAUCAGCUCUCAUGGAACAGAGGAUACUAAACCAAAUCAGGCCACUUCUGACGGAACUGUGUAACGAUGACCGAAGGUAUUCACGCCACCUGUCUGAGCUGACGGAUGAAAUCAAGGCCCUAACUAAACGUGUUGAGAGACUAGAAGACCGUGCGAUUUUGAACGUAACAGUGUGUUCAGAUUACCUCGUAUCGGGAUUGUAUGGUGUGAAAGAUUCGGCGUUGUCCGCAUCUACUACAUGGACGAGGGAGGGCCAUCCCGACCAUGGUGAAGAAAACAGCAGGCUAUAUAAUGAAAGAAAUGAUACCAAACGCACUACGGGUGCUUGGUCAUCUGAAUAUGCUGAUAAUCAACAAUAUAUACAGGUUAAAUUCCCAAGAGAAACGGAAGUAGAAACAAUCUUGUUGCAAGGUCGAAAGUGCAUAUGUAACCAGUGGGUUGAAACCUAUCACCUAUCUUAUAGCAUGGAUGAUACUACUUGGACUACAGUGAUGUCGGACAACCAAGAACCUAGGUUAUUUACCGGAAACAAUGACCAGACCACCAUAGUUAAGGCUAGCGUUGUCCCAAGUAUCACUGCAGUGUACCUCCGGAUUAUUCCAAGGAGUUGGAACAAUCAUAUAUCUCUCCGUUUUGACGUCAGUGGCUGUUACACCGUUAGGGAAACACGUAAACACAUACACAAAGCUUUAGGAUUCAAACCAGUCCUGAACGACGACACACUGUACAAGGUGAACGAACGUGAUCAUAACCAGUUGGACGCUGCCAGGCUCUGUACCCAACAAUAUUCACAGCUCAUCAAGAUAGAUUCCUUGUCAUUGAUGGCGAGUCUUAAGGCAGUCGUGGAGGGAAACGAUAUACUAAGGAACGCCCACAAUCAGAUGUACGUGUCCGGAAGGUAUGUUUUAAAUGAGUGGCAGUAUAGUGAUGGCUUUGGAGUGAUUGACAGCGCCCUCUGGUCUCCAGGCAACCCUGACCCGAUUCAAGGUCACUGUGUGAUGUUGACAACAACAGGCCUGGCUAGUGUGAAUUGUUCUCAAGCACUCUUCUCCGUGUGUGGACACAUUUAAUGUAACUUAUUUCUGUCUGUAGGCUAGUGAAACUUAAUAACUGACUUCUUGUUGUAUUUUGUUUUUGCUUUGACCAGUUCUCCGAACAUUCCUAUAUUCAAAAAGAGUGCAUCAGAAGGGGAGCUUGAUUUACCUACAAACAAAAUUCGAACAAAAUCGUACAAUGAUUCGACAUCAACUUUCUGUGGCCUUUUUCCCAUUUUUAAAUAAAAAGCCGUGAUAGGGUUUGAAGUGACAUAAUACAGUCUGCAUACCAAAAACUUGCAAAAUCAUAUAAACGCAAGCUGUGGUUGUCAUUGUGUUUGAAAGGACAAUGGAAAUCUGUCAUCCCAAACUACCCCUUAUGCCUAACUUUUGACCAAUCAAAAGCAUGAAUUAAAAGGACAAAUAAUUUGGAGUUUUGAUAAUAAUAUAAUUGUUGAAGAGUACGUCAUUAUUACCCUGUUAUAAAUCGGCUUAAUUAUGUCAACGACUCUUUCUAUUUUGUCCUUAAAUACAGAACCCUACGAUAAUCAGACCAACUAACAUUUAUUUCGAAUUGAGCGGCUGUGUGCAUGCUACAGAUACUCAGAUAUAUAGACCAGAAUAAGAAGAAAGGUGUGGACGAACAAGUGUACCUUGCUACCUGACUGUUUUAACCUGUCGGUUAUUUGAGCAAAUUAAGAUAGAUCUUCAGAACAAUAGAAAUGUUUUUAAAUAAAUAGAUGUACAUCCAUUGAUAUAAAACAAAUCAUCACCUUUAAAGAUCCAGGGAGAAUCCUGGUUAGGCUAUAAUGACGGAUGUAUUACUACUCCCUGUCAUACACCUAGUAAACUUAUUUUGGCAAGAUUAUUGUUCAAUGUAGGUUGAGAAGGCCCAAAUUGGCAUCCAUGCCUUAAUCCUCUAUUUGUCUACGCCCGUAUGCUUUCUUCUUAUUGCUUCGUUAUAUAUAAGUUGCGUAAAAUCUUGACUUCGAAAAGCAAACCACAUAACAACAACAUGAUUGUAUAUAUCAGUUAGUAAAUUUCAGAAACGAAGUAAAUCAUAUGAAAAAGCAUAUUUAUUGAUUAAAUGUGUUUUAUCAUACUUUUUAAUUUGUCACUUAUUCGGAAAACCAAUUGCAUGAUGAUAAUAAUAAAUAGCCACAGAGUAAUUUAGAAAGUAUAAAACAUAGUACACCAGUAACAAAAUAUACCGGAAACUUUGCUCUGAAUUUUUAUAUAUGUACAUUUUAACUUGAAUUUUGAUCCGAAGAUCUGCUAUAAAUAUUUCCUUUUAAGGUAUUUUUAUGAUUUGAAUAAAAUGCUAAGUAUUCCUGGUUUGUGUUAUGAGUUCCCAUAUUUUUUAC